GAGAUAUGUUGAACGUCGCCCGUAAGUGCUUCUUUCAGCAGAUGGUGGUCUGGCCGAGCCACAACAACCUGCCUUGGCGUGCCAUAACACCAUCGUACCUUCCUUGUAUCUUUGUUCGAUAGCCUGUUACGACUUCCCCCAGGAAACCUUUACACUCAACUUCUAUCUAAACAAUUUUGCCGGCACGCUUCCUUGCACAUCAACAUGAGCGAAGAUACUCGCCAACUGGUCCUGCGUAUCCAAAGCGAGGAUCUGGCUACUCUCUGGGCCUCAUCCGAAAAUCAAGCUGAAGUUGAUGCUACUCUACGCGUCUACCGCCGGCAGCUAAAACUACUGGAUGCUUACCUGGAGAAUCCUCGCCACCACGUACUCAUAUCAGAUGGUUCGGACGCUGCCAACAGUAACGGCGUGCUUCCGAUCGAAGAUCCGAAUGCGUGUUUGUUGACCGUGGAUGGCGACGUCCAUCAGCAAGGAGAUGUGUAUCCUCGUCACGACACGCCCUCGCGCUUCGCAUCUGCGGCUUCCAGCCCAUUUCUUGUCAGCGCGACCACUGCUCGUCCACCUCCCAAGCUCGAUGGUCCACCGCGUGUUCGCCUUCCUCCACCUUCCAGUCGGACAGCCUCUCAGUCCUCGAUCAAACCAGUCGUGCCACUUUCCCGCCGUUCAGAUGUCCCUUCCGCCCCUGCCGCGAUGCGAGGUGUGAAACUCAAUCCUUUCGUGCAAUCACCACCGAAACGAUCUGCAGAUCAUUUCGCAACUCCCAAUACUUCGCCGUUCAAGAAACGUGCAACUGCUGUCGUCAAGAGAGAGGUUAUGGAUGAGCCCACGUUGCCUUCGCGGAAUGAAACAAUCAGAGACAAGCUACAGAAGCUCAACUCUUCAAUCUCGUCACGACUCCAGACCCCGGACCUGUCGAAGGUCGUUCAUACAUCGCCCAACAAGAUCUUCGGUGUGCCUAGCCAGCAAUUAUCUGAAGCACAAUCUCGUCCGUUUCACUCAGCAUCUCGUAUUCAAAUACCUACGGGUCCCAAGAUUCUUCUCCCCUCUACGUGGCGUACUCAGGAUUCUGAGCCCUCUCAUUCUGGCCCUAGUCUCGGAGCUCGACCUUCGACAAGAUCUCCCAUUGGUCUCAAUCAAGCAAUACCCUCGCGGAGCCCUUUUUCGAGCUUCGCUGAGUCUGCAACUACGCCCAUACCUGUAACAAGCUCAGCUUUUCGGUUUGGCGCCCCGUCGGAGGUUGCGGCUUCUGCGACAGCUAAACACUAUGGUCGCGACACUGGAUGCGAGAUCCCGUCCAAAUCAACUUCUAGCCAGGCUGACAAGUCUCCGCGUCCCAAGCCGACCGUCACAAAGACGCCAUCCAGCCUCGAAGAGCCUCAUCAAGAGUGUACCGUUUGCUGCCGCGUUGAACCUACUUCCAAGAUCUACGUCUCACCUUGUGGGCACCGAUACUGUCACAAGUGCGUAAGUCAUCGGUUCGAAAGUGCUUUGCGCGACGAGACUCUCUGGCCUCCACGGUGCUGCCGCCAAAACUGGCCUGAUCCACCUGUGUUCCUAGAUAUCUUGGAGUCCGAGAUCUGCACUCGUGCUUUCUCCCGAAUGGUCGAGGCCAGAAUCCCAAUUCGGGAAAGGCUCUACUGUGCUGGCUGCUCGGCGUGGAUUUGCAAUAGAAAUUCGGUUGCCAACGUGCGCUGCAACAACUGUGGCACUUCUACGUGCGCUAGUUGCAAGGCUGUCAAGCACGACGGUGCGUGCACGAUUGACACUACUGAUCUGGUGGUCCUUCGUGAGCUCGCCAGCAUAGAGGGUUGGCAAGAGUGUUCUCAGUGCCACCGCUUCAUUGAGUUGACCGACGGCUGCAACCACGUGCAAUGCCGAUGUGGAUAUGAGCUAUGCUUCCAGUGUGGCCAAGAGUGGAACAAACUUAAAGGAUGUUCGUGCGAGUUGUUUGAUGCAGACUGGCUGCAGAAGAGAGAGGAAAAGAGAGGCUAUGCUCGCAUCUGGAAGGUUCGAUGCAACCAUGCGACCACGGAUCCUGUGAGGAACGUCUCUGACGAGAACUGCGACAAGUGUGGUGAGCUGGCCGUGGAUUUCUUCUACGAGUGUAAGGAAUGUCUUGAUCGGUAUUGUCGCGAGUGUGCUUGGUAUAGGUUGUAGUGGGCGAGCGAAUGCUUUCUACUAAGAAAAAGUGUGCCCUCGGUCCUGUCUAUAGCUUUCAAUUGCUCUUGUUCGAGUUCUUCUCGCCUGAUUACAACAGGAUCGACCAUCGAGCAACUCUCUCAUGCACCGCCAGUGACGUUGUCUGUGCCUUCCAAGCAUCUUACUUCACAUCAAGCCUCGGUACCUUCCUCAUCUGCUACACCAACAUAUUCG